UGUACUUAUCUCUGGCAAGAUGAGUAAUGUUGUUAAGAUUAUCAAUUCUCAUGUCAUAUGCAAUUAUAGCUUCUUCAUCUUUUUUUUUUCAAAUAGGUAUAGGAAGGGGAAAUAUGAUAAAAGAUUACAAUGUAGGGAAUCGAACGCUCACCAGCAAAGUGAAAGUUCAUGCAUCCAGCCAACCAACUUUGCUACUAAAAUUCCCAGCGGCUAUAGCUUUUAUAAUAUCGAUGGAGUAAUAACAAACUAAGAACACUAUCUUCUUCUUCUUCUUUAGUUCACACCAAUUCCAUUGAAUGUUUUCUCGUCUUUUGUAAGACAGGUCAAACUCUUGUAUGCAAAUACAAUUUGAUAAUUCCCAGAAAUCAAAGCAAAGUGAUCAUCAUUGUGACAAACAUAAAAGUCCUCCUUCUUUUCCUCUACUUAUGUUUAUCCCCCAACCAAAUAUAGUUAGGAACUUAACAAUACUCCUAAGUAAUGUCAAAGUUGUAUCCAUACUAGGUUUUCUGAAAAGAGUAUUAAUUGAUGAUCAAAAAUUCAAGUUAGAAGUUCAGUAGAGUUUGAAAAAGAUGGAGAGAAGAAACGCGUUUCGAUCAUUUUUUUCCAAAUAAAGCCAGACUUGAACUUUGUCCUAAUAUAUCAAGUAGUAUAACUUUCACAUUUACUCCCCUGCAUUUCAAGUCAAUAGAUGAGCAGGUGAACUCUUUUAUUGCACUCUCCAACCCCCACAAUCAUCUACACAACAAACAAUUAUAUAUUAUAACACGUUACGUUAGUGUCAUGAAUCAUCAUAGUCCAUCUCGAUCUAAUUAUAUUCAGAUUGAAACCGACAAUGUUAGCAAACUUGUAUAAUCAGUAAUUUAGGACGACUAAAUGUGAACAGUAAUGUAGUAUUUGUAGACAUAAACUAGGUACCUUUUCUAUAAAUUCGAUCAUUAAGCUUUUCCUCCUCUUCAACCGACACCAUCUUCAACUUUCUGUGAUGGCUUUAAUUCUUCUCACCUAACCCUCAUUUCAUCAUUCAUUUCUGUGUCUACCUGAACUUCUGCAACUUUUUUUUUCUUCUUCUUAAAUUUGUCCCCCUCUGAACAACAUGGUACAAUCAAAGAAGUUCAAAGGUGUCAGACAACGCCAGUGGGGCUCUUGGGUUUCUGAAAUUCGCCAUCCGCUGCUGAAGAAAAGGAUAUGGUUAGGAACAUUUGAGACAGCAGAGGAAGCAGCAAGAGCGUAUGAUGAAGCAGCUAUCUUGAUGAGUGGACAAGUUGCGAAAACAAACUUCCCAAUUGUGAAGGAGAGUACUGAUAACAAUAAUGACAAUACUCAAUUCCCUUUAACUUCUUCAUCAACACUGUCUAGUAGCAUGCUGAAUGCAAAGCUGAGGAAAUGUUGCAAGGAUCCAGCACCUUCCAUGACCUGUCUGAGGCUCGAUAACGACAACUGUCAUAUUGGAGUGUGGCAAAAAACAUCAGGGAAACAUUCAAGUUCUAAUUGGAUAACAAAAAUCGAACUUGGAAAGAAGGAGGAGAAGCCUCAUGAUCAUCAGAAUAUGAAUGCUGAACUUGACAUUACUAAACCAUUGGACGAAGAAAACAGAAUUGCUAUGCAAAUGGUGGAAGAACUACUCAAUUGGAAUUCUCCGUUUUCUGAUGAACCGAUUACUGAUCAUCUCUCUCCGUCUUUUUCCAACUCUAUAUGAUACCAAAAAUGUGGAAUGUAUUGCAUAUAUAGUUUAAUUAGACUAGCGUAUCGUUAUCUCCAAUAAGAGCCUAAAAGAGAAGGGAUUAUUAUUGAAUAAUUCAAGUGUCAAAACCAAUCCUUAUGAGAUUGUAUAUGUAAGUACUCAAGUUUCUAAUCAGAUAUAUGUAUAUAAAGAUCAAUAAUACUUCCAUUAAGUAGUUGAUUAUUCUUAA